UGUAAAUGCAUAGCCAAAGUGGUAGUCAACUUUUAGGACCAAAUUUACAUCAGUAAUACAUGGGUAGGCAUUGUUAUUGCAAUAACCUGAAAGGCUUAGGAACUUUUGAGUGCUUCCUUUCACUCUUUAACUUCAAACUUAUAGCUGUUUUGUCAUAUGGAAAUGGAUUUUUUGAUAUUUUCAGUUGUCAAUAUUUUUCGAUAAUUAUUUUAGAUACUCAUCACUUCCAAUUUAUUUCAGCUUAAUAAAAAUACUUCCAUAAUUCAAAUGUCAGAUCUAACAUCAGAAUCUGCAGAACGAAUCAAUCUUGAUCAGCCAAGAUGGCCUCAAGAUACAUUUGCGGGGCGCUUUAAACACUUUUGGUCGAUAACUGAUUGGAGAAAUGGUCUUCACACAGAGAAAACUUUGGAUGAUUCAAAAAAGCUUUUGCACUUGUACAGAUUAGGUCAAGAACCACCAGGAACAACAAAUGAACAAAUAUGGUAUGCAAAAAAGUUAUACGAAUCUGCAUUCCAUCCUGACAGUGGUGAUAAGAUGAAUACGAUUGGUCGUAUGUCAUUUCAAGUACCUGGUGGUAUGGUCAUUACUGGCUUCAUGAUGCAGUUUUACAGGACUGUACCUCAAGUUGUUUUCUGGCAGUGGAUUAAUCAAUCUUUUAAUGCACUGGUAAACUACACGAACAGAAAUGCGAAAUCUGAUAUUACCAACUCUCAAAUUACUGUGGCAUAUGUCUCUGCAACAAGUGGUGCAAUGGUGGUUGCCUUAGGACUAAACUCCUUAGUGAAAACAGCUCCUCCAUUACUUGCACGUUAUGUACCUUUCGCAGCUGUUGCAGCAGCUAAUUGCAUCAACAUCCCACUGAUGCGGCAGAGAGAAAUGUUCAACGGGAUAGCGGUUUAUGAUGAAGAAGGAAACGAAAUUGGCUUCUCAAAGAAGGCUGCGUAUAAAAGUAUCGCGCAAGUGUGUGCAUCUCGAAUAACAAUGGCUGCUCCUGGCAUGUUGAUUGUUCCUAUCAUAAUGGAAAAAAUUGAAAAAUUUCGCUGGAUGCAACGUAUUAAACCAUUGCACGGUCCAAUUCAAGUGCUACUCUGCGGUUUCAGUUUAACAUUUAUGGUUCCAGCCGCAUGUUCAAUAUUUCCCCAAAAAUGUUCUUUAAGCGUCGAUUCGCUGGAAGCAGAAUUGCAAGACCGUGUAUAUACAAGUUACGGUAGCCGAAUAAAUAAAGUCUAUUUUAACAAAGGCCUUUAGCGAUAUGCAAUUUUUAACAUGUUCGUCUUGGCGAAUUAUUUUUUAAAUAGUUUUUUAAUUAUUAUACAUUCGAUUUUAUAUCCUUACAAUAUCGUUACGGUACUUCAAAAUAAUUAAUAAUGCAGUCGUUUUUAAAUGACUUAUUGAUGCAGCAAAUAAUUUGUAUUUUUCAAAAAAAAAUUGAGCAUUUGCCUAAUACUAGAAUUUAGAAUUA